AAAUCUACACCAGAAUGCAUUUCAACGACACAUCCACGACAGCACACGGUCCUGAGUUGAACAGCAGCGGUUCUCCUAACGAUGGAACCUGGAUGAACAACAGUGGCACAGACCCUUUAUUUCCCGACCAAUACGGUGAGCCCAUCAACAAAGUGGUCAUAACCAUCGCCUUCAGUUCUGUCUUCGUCCUCUGUGCUAUUGGUAAGUCAAACAUAUCUCUUGGUGCUGUUUUUAUCCACAGCUAUAAGCAGGGACGUCAUUUGGGUAGGGCAAGGCGGGGCAUUUAACCCCCCCCCCCACCUUCCCGAAUUUGCAGGUUUCAUUUAAAUUGCUAUGUACUGGGGCGCCUCCAGGAAUAAACAACUUAAGAAGCCGACCAAGUUUUGGUUGCCAAAAAAAUCCCGAAAUGAUGCCCUUGACUUGAAGGUUCACUUUUCACCAUGGUUCGAGAUAGGAGCAGAUGCCAGACAUGUGACAGAAUACAAGAGUUAGAGAUAGGAGUAAAUGACAGACAUGUGGCAAAAAAUAAGAGUUAGAGAUUGGCGUAAAUGUCAGACAUGUGACAGCAUACAAGAGUUAGAGCUGGAGUAAAUGACAGACAUGUGACAGAAUGCAAGAGUUAGAGAUGGAGUAAAUGUCAGACAUGUGACAGAAUGCAAGAGUUAGAGAUGGAGUAAAUGACAGACAUGUGACAGAAUACAAGAGUUUCAUUUUUUAAAUAACUUAACAAAAGUGUAUUUUUAACCCGGGCGUGCAAAGUGACUAACAAGAAUGCUGAAGUCACCCAUGAGUGUAAAGUGACUAAACAUAUUGCUGAAGUCACCCAUGAGUGUAAAGUGACUAACAAGAAUAAUGAAGUCACCCAUGAUUAUAAAGUGACUAACGAGAAUGCUGAGGUCACCCAUGAGUGUAAAGUGACUAAACAUAUGGCUGAAGUCACCCAUGAGUGCAAAAUGACUAACAAGAAUGCUGAAGUCACUCAUGAGUGUAAAGUGACUAACCAUAUUGCUGAAGUCACCCAUGAGUGUAAAGUGACUAACAAGAAUGCUGAAGUCAUACACGAGUGUAAACUGACUAACAAGAAUGCUGAAGUCACCCAUGAGUGCAAAGUGACUAACAAGAAUGCUGAAGUCACUCAUGAGUGUAAAGUGACUAACCAUAUUGCUGAAGUCACCCAUGAGUGUAAAGUGACUAACAAGAAUGCUGAAGUCAUACACGAGUGUAAAGUGACUAACAAGAAUGCAAAAGUCACCCAUGAGUGUAAAGUGACUAACAAGAGUGCUGAAGUCACCCUUGAGUGUAAAGUGACUAGCACGAGUGCUGAAGUCACCCUUGAAUGUAAAGUGACUAACAAGAGUGCUGAAGUCACCCUUGAGUGUAAAGUGACUAACAAGAAUGAUGAAGUCACCCAUGAGUGUAAAUUGACUAACAAGAAUGCUGAGUCACCCAUGAGUGUAAAGUGACUAACAAGAAUGCUGAAGUCAUACACGAGUGUAAAAUGACUAACAAGAAUGCUGAAGUCACCAAUGAGUGUAAAGUGACUAACAAGAGUGCUGAAGUCACCCUUGAGUGUAAAGUGACUAGCACGAGUGCUGAAGUCACCCUUGAAUGUAAAGUGACUAACAAGAGUGCUGAAGUCACCCUUGAGUGUAAAGUGACUAACAAGAAUGAUGAAGUCACCCAUGAGUGUAAAUUGAGUAACAAGAAUGCUGAAGUCACCCAUGAAUGUAAAAUGACUGACAAGAAUGCUGAGUCACCCAUGAGUGUAAAUUGAGUAACAAGAAUGCUGAAGUCACCCAUGAGUGUAAAGUGACUAACAAGAGUGUUGAAAUCACCCAUAAGUGUAAAUUGACUGACAAGAGUGCUGAAGUCACCCUUGAGUGUAAAGUGACUAACAAGAGUGCUGAUGUCACCUUUGAGUGUAAAGUGACUAACAAGAGUGCUGAAGUCACCCUUGAGUGUAAAGUGACUAGCACGAGUGCUGAAGUCACACUUGAAUGUAAAGUGACUAACAAGAGUGCUGAAGUCACCCUUGAGUGUAAAGUGACUAACAAGAAUGAUGAAGUCACCCAUGAGUGUAAAUUGAGUAACAAGAAUGCUGAAGUCACCCAUGAGUGUAAAGUGACUGACAAGAAUGCGAAGUCACCCAUGAGUGUAAAUUGAGUAACAAGAAUGCUGAAGUCACCCAUGAGUGUAAAGUGACUGACAAGAAUGCUGAGUCACCCAUGAGUGUAAAUUGAGUAACAAGAAUGCUGAAGUCACCCAUGAGUGUAAAGUGACUAAGAAGAGUGUUGAAAUCACCCAUGAGUGUAAAUUGACUGACAAGAGUGCUGAAGUCACCCUUGAGUGUAAAGUGACUAACAAGAGUGCUGAAGUCACCCUUGAGUGUAAAGUGACUAGCACGAGUGCUGAAGUCACCCUUGAAUGUAAAGUGACUAACAAGAGUGCUGAAGUCACCCUUGAGUGUAAAGUGACUAACAAGAAUGAUGAAGUCACCAAUGAGUGUAAAGUGACUAACAAGAGUGCUGAAGUCACCCUUGAGUGUAAAGUGACUAGCACGAGUGCUGAAGUCACCCUUGAAUGUAAAGUGACUAACAAGAAUGCUGAAGUCAUACACGAGUGUAAAGUGACUAACAAGAAUGCUGAAGUCACCCAUGAGUGUAAAGUGACUAACAAGAAUGAUGAAGUCACCCAUGAGUGUAAAUUGAGUAACAAGAAUGCUGAAGUCACCCAUGAGUGUAAAGUGACUGACAAGAAUGCUGAGUCACCCAUGAGUGUAAAUUGAGUAACAAGAAUGCUGAAGUCACCCAUGAGUGUAAAGUGACUAACAAGAAUGCUGAGUCACCCAUGAGUGUAAAGUGACUAACAAGAGUGUUGAAAUCACCCAUGAGUAUAAAUUGACUGACAAGAGUGCUGAAGUCACCCUUGAGUGUAAAGUGACUAACAAGAGUGCUGAUGUCACCUUUGAGUGUAAAGUGACUAACAAGAGUGCUGAAGUCACCCUUGAGUGUAAAGUGACUAGCACGAGUGCUGAAGUCACACUUGAAUGUAAAGUGACUAACAAGAGUGCUGAAGUCACCCUUGAGUGCAAAGUGACUAACAAGAAUGAUGAAGUCACCCAUGAGUGUAAAUUGAGUAACAAGAAUGCUGAGUCACCCAUGAGUGUAAAGUGACUGACAAGAAUGCUGAGUCACCCAUGAGUGUAAAUUGAGUAACAAGAAUGCUGAAGUCACCCAUGAGUGUAAAGUGACUAAGAAGAGUUUUGAAAUCACCCAUGAGUGUAAAUUGACUGACAAGAGUGCUGAAGUCACCCUUGAGUGUAAAGUGACUAACAAGAGUGCUGAUGUCACCUUUGAGUGUAAAGUGACUAACAAGAAUGCUGAAGUCACCCAUGAGUGUAACCUGAACAAACUUAACAGCUUUGUUUAAGAAUAUUUAUACUUGAAUUUAUAAAUUGACGGACACUGACGGACACUAAGGGGUACUCUCGACUACUAGUGGACGCUCCCGAGCACUCACGGACCUUCACGGGCACUCAGGGACAUUCACGGGCACUCUCGGACACUCAGGGACAUUCAAGGACACUCAUGUACAUUCACGGGCACUCGGGGACAUUCACGGGCACUCAGGGAGAUUCACGCGCACUCAGGGACAUUUACGGACACUCACGGGCAUUCACGCACACUCACGGACAUUCAUGGACACUCACGGGCAAUCACGGGCACUUACGGACAUGCACGGACACUCAUGGACUUUUUCGGACACUCACAGGCAACCACGGGCACUUACGGGAAAUAACGGGCAAUCUUAGUCCCACAAAGACAAGGGUUGCCCCAAGCACCAGUCGGAAGGACUGGCUUAAUAUUUAGAAAACCAUGCCAAUCUUAUUUACCUGCAGCCCAUUCAGUGAAUGCCGCACCAAAUAGAACCUGUCAAAAUAGAACCUGUCAAAAUAGAACUUGUCAAAAUAGAAAUUGUCAAAAUAGCACUUGUCAAAAUAGAACCUGUCAAAAAAGAACUUGUCAAAAUAGAACUUGUCAAAAUAGAAAUUGUCAAAAUAGAAAAUGUCAAAAUAGCACUUGUCGAAAUAGAACUUGUCAAAAUAGAAAUUUUCAAAAUAGAACCUGUCAAAAUAGCACUUGUCAAAAUAUAACUGCUUCACCAAUUCCCUAUCUCCAGGCAAUAGCAUUGUUCUCUUUGUACUCACACGAAGCACCAGGUCGCGUUCACGAACGAAUCUCUUCCUUGCCAACUUAGCAGCGGCAGAUUUGUUUGUCGGUUUGUUCUGUAUCUUGCCGACGCUAUUUCGAUUGAACUCAUCAGAUUGGACACAUGGAAGAGUAAGUUUUUUUUUUAAAUCCUUUAGGUCAGCGGUUCUCAACCUGUGGGUCGCGACCCCUUUGGGGGUCGCACGACCCUUUCCCAGGGGUCGCCUAAGACCAUCGGAAAACACAUGUAUUCUACAGUUAUGAAGUAGCAACGAAAAUAAUUGUGGUCGGGGGUCACCACAACACGAGGAACUGUAUUAAAGGGUCGCGGCAUUAGAAAGGUUGAGAACCACUGCUUUAGGUUAACUUCGCUUUUGCUCGUGUGGGUCUUUCUGGGUGGGUUUUUUUGCAAAAUCUUUGGACGGCUAAUUGAACUUCUUACCGUCCAUCUAUCGAGAUGAAAUUUGGCUGAUGCAACACAUUCUAUCAAAUUUUCAGCCCACCCACCACCCAACCACCCCCCCUCCACCCCACCUUUAAAAAUCUGAUUUUAAAGGUGGAGGAUGAAGGCAAUAUUGUGCCACUGAUGUCGCUAUAAAGAAAAUCCCGAUAAAUGAGCUAAAUGAGCUAAAUGGGAUUUGUAAAAAAUAUCUUAAGUGCCUUUAGUGCGUAAUAUUUUCUUUUGUUUUUCUGAAAUAACCGGUGAAAUAAUUAAUUAUUUUUUAAAAUUUGUAUCAUCAAAUCUAUUUUGUAAAAGUAUUUACAAUAAUUGACACGAAUAAACAGUAUAAAUCUUGCCGUUAGUAACACAGCUUUAUGUAUUUCUCCUCUCUUUUACUUAGGGAUAAAUUGUAGACUCUUAUUCUAUUAUGACUAGUUUUUUUGUUUUUUUUUGCAAUCUUCGACUGAAUAUAUCUUUAAAAAAUCCUAAAUAUCCUGGAGUCUCAUCCAUAAAGAAUAUUUCCCCACCUUGUCCCUUCCAAUCAACCGGUGCUGUUAGGUUAUCUGCAAGAUGAACAAGUUUGUAGAGAGUGUGAACGUGACAGCAUCCAUGUUGCUCCUGGAGGUGAUUGCAGUUGAGAGAUACAUUGUCAUCAAACACCCGCUUAAGGCCCGGAGCUUAUUUACACUGUACAGGAUGUAUUUUGCCCAGGUGAGUGUUUUCACUGAUAAUUUCAUAGCUUUUAAGUCAAAAAACAUUUUUCCCGUAUGAUUUAAGUCACGAAACUCUACCUCCAGUAAACCACACAGUGGCGUGACAAGAGGUAUCUAACAGGAAAGAGGUAUCUAACAGGGAAGAGGUAGCUAUCAAGGAAGGGGAUUCUAACAGGGAAGUGGUAUCUAGCAGGGAAGAGAUAUCUAACAGGGAAGAGGUAGCUAACAAGAAUGGGGAUUCUAACAGGGAAGAGGUAUCUAACAGGGAAGAGGUAUCUAACAGGGAAGAGGUAUCUAACAGGGAAGAGGUUUCUAACAGGGAAGAGGUAUCUAAUAGGGAAGAGGUAUCUAACAGGGAAGAGGUAGCUAACAAGGAAGGGGAUUCUAACAGGGAAGAGGUAGCUAACAAGGAAGGGGAUUCUAACAGGGAAGAGGUAUCUAACAGGGAAGAAGUAUCUAUCAGGAGAGUCAAUGUCCCCAUCAACGGGUAUUUAGCGAAGCAUCUAGAUCUUCAGUUAAGAAGAUAUAUUUGCUGCAAAUGUGUGACCUUUGCAUGUGACGUAUUACACAACAUUCGGCUCUAAUCAUGGUACAUGUGUCAAUGUAUAGCUUCAGUCUAAUUAGAAGUCACUAGUGUUGUGAACUAGUUUGUUGUGAAUGUUUGGUAGGGGGAGUUGUGGAUCGUGAGAGUGUUUUAUGAGUUGUUGAUCGUGAGGUCAGAGCGUGAAGUUAGUCCGUGGUGUGGAACGUUUUCCUAGGCUGAGUUGUUUGGGGGGUAUUAUAAAAGGGAUGUGUGUUAGCUAGAGGUCAGAGAAGAAAGGUAGAAGAGUAUGAGAAGAAUUGUUAGUCGUCAAAACUUGUCAGUCAAGAGUUAGUUGAGGUAGUUGUGCUAGCAGAGAGAGACACGAGGGGGUCAAGAGUUGAGCUGAUGUGUCAGAGUCCAGCCGAGAGAGUAGUUUUGAGAGUUAGUAUUAUCGCCAUUGAUCGUUGUCACUGUGAAUUGCUAUUGGAUCCUGUAAAUAAAGAACUGUUGUAUUUCCAUGCUGGGGUUGUGAUCUAUAUAUUGUUAUAGAGAGCUUGUUUACAUCAUAUUUCUCGUGCGUGCCCUCUGAUUGACCCCACAUGAGACGCUGUGUUCACAAAGGGGUGUGGCUUAGGUCUUUGAUGUAUUCUUGUUUACGCCGCCAACGAAUAAAAAUAAUUAAUAUGUUCCAAAUAGUAUUUUGUAGAAUGAUUUUGAUUUUUCUAGAAAUUUCUCGAAGGCAGGGCUUGGGCGUCGGUAGACCCACCUAUAUAAGGGAUUGACAGGCACGGACGAGGGACGGAGAUUUCAGAUAAAUUUUCUUAACAUUACGAGGCGUGUUUUAUUCUUUGUGUAUUUGUGUGCUCCUACUUAUAUGUGUUUAUUUCGCAUUAUUUAUUGGCAUCAUUAUUUCUAAUUGUAUUAACUGUGUACCGGUACGAGAUCUACCAUACUGUAAGUUGAAGAUUGUAAUUUUAUUUUAUUUUAUUUUGAAAAUUAUCUUAAGACAUAAUAAAUCUUAAUUAAUUGUAACUAGAAACUGUUUUGGGUCGUAUCUUUAAUAAUGUUGAUUCUAGGGUAUCGUCCUUUGUUAGGCACUGAUUACAACGAGCCAAUUAAAAAUAAAAAUAGGAGAUUAAUUUCUCCCAAUACAAGUCAGUGCGUAACAAUAUAUAGAUGUGAAGAAAGUGUUGUAAACCCCUAGACAACGUGGAGUCUGCUGACUGUGCAGUAAACGAAACUACUGCGGGAUGUGUUGAAGUGUGAGGACGAAGAUCCUAACAUGUCAAGUAUUGAGAAGGUCUUAACUGGAGACAACGUAAGGAGUCCGCGACAUUUGAUGAAGGUCUCAAGUUAUUAAAUAAAGGUCGUAACAACUAGGAUGGAUGUGGGGUGACACCCUCACCGGGGGGGGGGGUGGAGGGGCGAUACCCAAUUGAAAAUGCAAACUUCACUGAGUUCACUCCAAUCUGUUUCUUAACUGAACUCAGUUCAAUACAACAACAGAAUGCCGCCAGAACAGGAUGCCAUGAUAGAAGGGUGACAUCAGAACAGAGUCUCACAAGAGCAAGAUGCCACCAGAACAGGGUGUAACCAUGACAUAACAGGGUGCAAAAAGAGGGUGCCACAUGAAACUGGUUCCACCAGAACAGGAUGCCAUCAUAGAAGAGUGACAUCAGAACAUAGUCUCACAAGAGCAAGGUGCCACCAGAGCUGGCUACCGCUAGAGCAGGGUGCCACCAGAUGACAGAGCAGGGUGUAAAAAAUGGUGCCAUCAGAAACUGGUUCCACCAGAACAGGAUGCUGCCAGAGCCUGGUGUCAACAGAUCAGGGUGUCACCCAAUCAGGAUCCAACAGAGCACUAGAACAGGAUCCCAACAGAUCAGGGUGCCACUAGAACAGAAUGCUAACAGAUCAAUGUGCCACUAGAAUAGGGUGCUAACAGAUUAGGGUGCCACUAGAACAGGAUGCUAACAGAUUAGGGUGCCACUAGAAUAGAGUACCAACAGAUCAGGGUGUCGCCCAAUCAGGAUCCACCAGGGCACUAGAUCAAGGUGCUACUAGAACAGGGUGCCAAGAGAUCAGGGUGUUACUAGAAUAGGGUACCAACAGAGCUCUAGAUCAGGGUGUCAUUAGAACAGGGUGCCAACAGAUCCGGGUGUCACUAGUAUAGGGUGCCAGUAGAUUAGGGUGCCACUAGAAUAGGGUGCCAGUAGAUUAGGGUGCCACUAGAAUAGGGUGCCAACAGAGCACUAUAUCAGGGUUACAGUAGAACAAAGGUGCUAACAGAUCCGGGUGUCACUAGAAUAGGGUGCCACCAGAUCAGGGUGCUAAUAGAAUAGGGUGCCACUAGAAUAGGGUGCUAACAGAGCAUAUAUCAGGGUGCCACUAGAACAAGGGUGCCAACAGAUCAGGGUGCCACCCAAUCAGGAUCCAUCAGAGCACUAGAGCAGGGUGCCACCAAAACAGUUUGUAACCAGAAAGGGCAAGGUGCCAUCAGAGUAGCUUGCACACAGAUCAGGGUGCCAAAUGAGCAAGAUUCUACAAGGGUGCCACCAGAGCAGGGGGGCACAAGGGGUGUUUGGGAGGUAAGUCUAGAGGGGGUGAAUAAAAUGUUAGGGGAGCAUGCAUGUGACGCCGGGCUCACUUUGCAAGAAGAAAAUAAUGGGGCAAUAUGUGAGUGUAUUGAUUGUUUGCAUUGUGAACUCCAUAUCAGACCAACGGCUAUCAGAAAGUAGCAAUAACGUUUGAAGCAGUUUGAGAUAAGGCUCUACUGUUAGCGACUGAAGAAGAGUUGUUGGUGUCCAUUCCCAGACUGACCACUUUCUAUGAAUUAGCUGAGAGUGAACUUUUAAUUGAAAUACCAAGGCUGCGAAGGUAGGCCUACGUAUAUUCAGCAGAUAUUAAUCUCGACGAUGCCAAAGAUUGGUCAGUGUUUGAAAUGCAUAGCUGAAUUGGACUUCGUGGAAUAUUUCCUAAUCCUCUCGUGAAGCCUACCGAUUAUUUGAUUUCUCACUUUCCAUGUGAUUAUUUGAUUUCUCACUUUCCAUGUGAUUAUUUGAUUUCUCACUUUCUAUGUGAUUAUUUGAUUUCUCACUUUCCAUGUGAUUAUUUGAUUUCUCACUUUCCAUGUGAUUAUUUGAUUUCUCACUUUCCAUGUGAUUAUUUGAUUUCUCACUUUCCAUGUGAUUAUUUGAUUUCUCACUUUCCAUGUGAUUAUUUGAUUUCUCACUUUCCAUGUGAUUAUUUGAUUUCUCACUUUCUAUGUGAUUAUUUGAUUUCUCACUUUCCAUGUGAUUAUUUGAUUUCUCACUUUCCAUGUGAUUAUUUGAUUUCUCACUUUCCAUGUGAUUAUUUGAUUUCUCACUUUCCAUGUGAUUAUUUGAUUUCUCACUUUCCAUGUGAUUAUUUGAUUUCUCACUUUCCAUGUGAUUAUUUGAUUUCUCACUUUCUAUGUGAUUAUUUGAUUUCUCACUUUCCAUGUGAUUAUUUGAUUUCUCACUUUCCAUGUGAUUAUUUGAUUUCUCACUUUCUAUGUGAUUAUUUGAUUUCUCACUUUCCAUGUGAUUAUUUGAUUUCUCACUUUCCAUGUGAUUAUUUGAUUUCUCACUUUCUAUGUGAUUAUUUGAUUUCUCACUUUCUAUGUGAUUAUUUGAUUUCUCACUUUCUAUGUGAUUAUUUGAUUUCUCACUUUCUAUGUGAUUAUUUGAUUUCUCACUUUCUAUGUGAUUAUUUGAUUUCUCACUUUCUAUGUGAUUAUUUGAUUUCUCACUUUCUAUGUGAUUAUUUGAUUUCUCACUUUCUAUGUGAUUAUUUGAUUUCUCACUUUCUAUGUGAUUAUUUGAUUUCUCACUUUCUAUGUGAUUAUUUGAUUUCUCACUUUCUAUGUGAUUAUUUGAUUUCUCACUUUCUAUGUGAUUAUUUGAUUUCUCACUUUCCAUGUGAUUAUUUGAUUUCUCACUUUCUAUGUGAUUAUUUGAUUUCUCACUUUCUAUGUGAUUAUUUGAUUUCUCACUUUCUAUGUGAUUAUUUGACGUCAUGUGAGAGGAUUCUUUCAAAUCUGAAUAUUUUAAAGAACUGUUUACGUCACACCAUGAAACAGUGCAGGUUUUCUGGACUUGUGAUUUGUUCAAUUGAAUCUGACAAGGUGAAGAAAGUUCAUUUUGCUUGUAUCUUUGGAGAAGGGAAGGGAAAUUUUUUAACUGCAAAAUUCAAGGUUUCAAUAAAAAGUAACUAUGUUGCAUUUUUAAAAUGCUGUUACCUCCCUUCUAUGUCUUCUUCUUCUUAUGUCUUUUGUUGCUUUAGAACCUAAUUGACUAUUACAACUUUGAGCAUUUCUCUUUGAUUUGAUUAAGAAUUUCGGGGGAUGGGGGUGGUCUUGAAUUCAAUUAAUUAAAACAUUAAUAAUUCAAAAUAAAUUAGUCAAUGUUGACUAAGCCUGCACCGUAUACAGCCCGCGGGUCGCAUGCGGCCCGCCAGCACCCACUUUGCGGCCCGCAAAUUAACGAUAUUCUUUAUUAUAAUUAUUUUCUAAAUAGCUUUACCCCCCCCCCCUUUUUCCUAUUAUCUUUCGGCCCACACACGAUUUUCUUAAAGUAUUACGAGUAUUACGGCCCUCCUUACAUUUUAAGUUGUGCAAACGUGACCUACACAAUCGAUGACACAGCAUCCAAUGAAUCCUAUGACAUUUUUUACCUUGGAAUGUUUUCACAUUAUUUGUCUAUGCUAUUCGUUUCAGUUUUUCGUCUGGCUUGUGUCCUGCGCCUACAAUGCGCCUUACCUCCUAAUGUGGGACACGAUCCACACGGUCGAGCUGCAUGGCAACCAGCUGGUGUCGGAGACCAACUGCUUGUUCCAGAAUGAGUACCGGGAAUCUGUUAAAAUCUACUAUAUCUGCUCGUUCGUCGUUUGGUACGCCCUGCCCUUGCUGGUGAUGUCUUUGUUGUACGGGAAAAUUGCGCGCACGCUGUGGAAGACGAGCGCACAAAAUGACAUGUUAGCCUUGAGGAAGAGGAUUAGCUCGGCGGCGUCGGAGGAGGGCGGUGAGACGACCGGAAGCACUUUGGCCUCCAGUCAAACGUCAGACCCCACCGCACAGAGCCCCCCUCCUGUGAACUCCGCCUGCUGCAACGGGAAAGGCGAAGGAGGGGAUGACUGCCCGAAGGGUGGCGGUGACGUUGCUGGGACUAGAAACACGAGUGCACAGGCCGCGGCAACACAUUCCGGCAGGCAGGCCUACACGUGGACGGGGGGUGGCACACACGCCAAGAACGGGUUCGUUAAGGCAAACGGCAGCUCUUGCGGCUCUGGAAAUGGGAAAGCUGCAUUUCUCAAGGACCGGCAUCACAUCACGCGAUCGACCAGUGAUUCCGACAGCGACGAUAACUCAAGCGAUAAUCCAGUCUUUGACAGUAGGCGUGACGACGGCGCCAGUCAUCGCAGCGUUGUCAGGAAGUUCACAAGACAAAAUGGACGAUCAACUGUCUCAGUGCCCGCGUCGUCCCGCGGUCCCGAGGAUAGAGAAGCUCAGACUUCCGGUGCAAAUCAUUGCCGCUAUCGCGUGACAUCACAGCGCGCGACCUCCCGACGGCGGGUCAUUCGUCUUCUUUUGGCCGUCUUGAUUACUUUCGCGUUGCUGGUGCUGCCCAAUCAUCUGAGACUCAUCAUAAUGAGCAUGACGUCACUGCCGGGCUAUUUCGCAGGGCAGGCGUUUAUUGCCCCCAUCUGCCAGACCCUCCUGUACCUCAACUCGGCCAUGAAUCCCAUCCUAUACUGUCUUCUGUCUCAGAGCUUCAGGCAGAGCAUCAGGGAGGCUGUGUCUUGUUGUUUUUCGUGGAGAAGAAAGCGCGAGCAGAUGGCUGUGGGUAGGCGCGUGAAGACUUGAAGAAUCUGUGGACGUGAUACUUGACAUCAGGGUAGAAUAAGGCUUGACAACUAGGGUAGAAUAAGGCUGGACAGCUAGGGUAGAAUAAGGCUGGACAACUAGGGUAGAAUAAGGCUGGGCAACUAGGGUAGAAUAAGGCUGGACAACUAGGGUAGAAUAAGGCUGGAAAACUAGGGUAUAAUAAGGCUGGACAGCUAGGGUAGAAUAAGGCUGGACAUCUAGGGUAUAAUAAGGCUGGACAGCUAGGGUAGAAUAA